CUCUCAAUAUAGGUUUUUAUUAUUUUCAUGCUUUAGUUCUGCAGUCAUAAGUUUAGAGAACAGAGCGAUAAAAUACGGAAUGGAGCAUUCCCAGGGAAAGCCGCUUAUAUAUUUAGAAGAACACAAACUGAAGCAAGAUGCCAACGAUUAUGGAUUAUCCGAUCAAUUGUGGGACUUUGAACGCUUCAAGCAGCAGCUGCAAAUAGUGAUCGUGAGAAAUGAGGACAACGAAAUGGAGUUUGACAUGAUUGGUGUGAGUCCAGCAAUAGCCAAUGCAUUCCGCCGAUUGAUGUUAAGUGAAGUACCAAGUAUGGCCAUCGAAAAAGUGCACAUUUACAACAACACGUCCAUAAUUCAAGACGAAGUGCUAGCUCAUCGGUUGGGUCUGAUUCCGCUGAAAGCCGAUCCCAGGUUGUUUGAGUACAAGGUAAACGAAAAUGAUCCAGCUAACGCUUUGGAUACAUUAGAGUUUGAACUUAAAGUAAAAUGCACCCGUAGGAACAAAGAAUCUACCGAAAUUACCAAUAAUGAUAAUAUGUACAAGAAUCACAGCAUCUACUCCGGCCAAAUUAAAUGGGUACCAAUUGGCAAUCAAGCGUCAAUUUAUAAAGAAAACGAUGUAGGACCAAUAAAUGACGACAUAUUGAUCAGUAAAAUGCGUCCUGGCCACGAAUUUGACAUCAAGUUGUUCGCAGUAAAAGGAAUAGGCAAGGAUCAUGCCAAGUUUUCUCCGGUGGCAACUGCUUCCUAUCGAUUGCUACCAGAAAUUCGACUCAAUCGACCGGUUGUUGGUAGAGAUGCUGUGCUUUUACAGAAAUGUUUCUCUCCAGGAGUAAUUGAAAUCGAUAAAAGUGAGCAAGCGUAUGUGAAAGAUGCCCGAUAUGACAGCUGCAGUCGAAACGUCUACCGAUACCCGCAAAUUGCCGACGCCGUUACAAUGAGCCGUGUUCGAAAUCAUUUCAUUUUCACGGUGGAAUCUUUAGGAGCGCUGAAACCAGAGGUUAUAUUUGUAGAAGCUGCCAAAGUGCUCAAGAAGAAGUGCAGAUUAUUUCUUGAUGAAAUAAAAGGAAAUUAG